UUCACUGUGAUUCUUUUAUGCUGCAGCUCAGAAGAUCGUGGUAGAAGUUGCUUGUCUGCGGAUGUUGUAAAUGAAGGCUAUUGCGGUGGGAACGGUGGCAAUAUAAGCAAUUUUUUUUUUCUAGUGAUACUUUUGACUUUAGAGUUUGCGCUGCUUAUUAGACAGUAGUUUAUAUAAAUUUCAUUGAAGACACAGAACCGUUCUACACUAUUCAAAAUGUUUUGGGGACUGAUUAUGGAAACUGGAAAGCGCUACACUCAGACUGUGGAGAGAGCUUUCCAUGUCUCAAUGGCUUGUCUUGAUCCAACCACGGCAGAUAAUGAUAAUGUUUCUGUAUUGUUGUCAUUUGACAACAGAGAGUUUAUAUUAUGCAGUUUGAACAAACACAGAGUAAUACAGACACAGCUAGAUUUGAACUUCCAGAGUGGUGACAAAAUUGCGUUUAUGUCUUCUGGAAGGGGCCGAGUUCACCUUACUGGCUAUCUGCUUGAGACAGAUGAUGACGAUGAUGAUGAAGAUGAUGUUGAUGAUGACCUAACAAACAAUGAGGACAGCAUGAUAGAUUCAGAGUCAUUUGGGAAGAAAGAAUCCAACAGUCAGCUCAAGGGAAGUGGCAAGAGAAAGAAUGAACCUCAUUUAUCCAAAUCUGAGAACAAGAAAGCGAAGCUCGCAGAAGCAGAAAGUGAUGAAGAUGAAUUGUCAUCUGAUGGUGAUGAUUUUAAUUUUGCUGGUGGCUCUGAAGAUAGUGAGGAUGAUGAUGAUGACGAUGAGGAGGAGGAAGAUGAUGAGGACGAUGAUGAUGAUGUUGAUGAUGACAGUGAAGAUGUGGAAAUUGAGACUUCACCCAAACAGAGGACACCAGAAUCUAGGAAAAAAGAUAAGCAGAUGAUUAAGACACCAACUGAUAUACUGCAAAGUAAGCUUGCAGCUGAAAGAAUGAAGACUCCAAAUGAGCAACAAGGGAAAAAUAAAUCUCUCAUUGGGAAGCAGCGACAGAACAGGACACCGAAAGAGAAACAGCAACAGAAGGACAGGACAACCAAUGAGAAGCAGCAGCAGAAGAACAAGACACCCAGUGAGAAACAGCAACAGAAAAACAAGACGCCCAGUGAAAAACAGCAGCAGGGUGGAACUCCAAAACCUUCCCCUGGAACUCAAGUCAAUGGAAUACCAGUCCAGCAGCAGUCUGGUAAGAAAAAUAAGAAAGGGCAGGAAACUCCAAAGGGACCCAAGACACCAGGUGCAGAUACACCACAGAAGAAGGUUCUCGAAGGUGGAGUAACUAUUGAAGAGGUCAAAGUAGGCAAUGGUCCUGUUGCCAAGCCAGGCAGAGAGGUGUCCGUGUAUUUUGUUGGGCGUUUGAAACACAACAAUAAGCAGUUUGACUCAGCAACUCAGGGCUCUGGUUUCAAGUUCCGGCUUGGUCGUGGUGAAGUAAUAAAAGGUUGGGACAUUGGAGUGAGUGGAAUGAAAGUUGGUGGGAAAAGGAGGAUCAUUUGUCCUCCUGCUUUGGCUUAUGGCAGCAAAGGUUCACCACCAGCCAUUCCAUCAAACAGUACACUGGUCUUUGAUAUUGAACUCAAAACAGUUAAUUGAGACACAGGUGACUUAUUGAAAUGUGGAUGUGAGUGGAAGAGCAUAACAUGAAGCAGCUGCUGGAAUAUUAGUAUCUUGCUCUUUGUGUAAAAUGAAGAAAUGAUACUGAAGAUAAAUCAACUUGCAUGUACAAAACUACAACUUUAUUCAUAGUUUGUUGCAUAAUUACUAACAGCUAUCAUCAUUGUUUUUGAUGUUAUUGUGCUAUGUAAAAGAUGAAACUAUUAAUAAAAGACAUGUUUUAUAUAGA